AUGGCAGACCGAAACAAGUAUAUAGACGAGUUUAUAAACAAGAUGUACGGGCUAGAGAGGGAGCAGCCGAUAGAAAGGCUUAUUCUGUCUCUGGACUCUCUUCCUAUUUUGCUGAACAUUCCCAUUAGAAAUCACGAGAUUUUGGGCGAUGUAAAGAGAAAGAUGUACGAGCAUAGGGGAAUAAGAGUGGGCAAAAAAAUAAUGAAAAAGCUUAUUGAGGUUAUUAUAGACUCUGCCCGAACAAACAGAGUGAAUCUGUGCGAUCUGGAGAGCACGUUCAAGGACACGCCCCCGUACGACUUGGACACAAACAACACAAUCAUACUCCCAGAGAUUGCGCAGGACGAGACACAGUACGAGUUCAAAAGCAUUUUAGAGGACGUGGAGGAAGGCGCAAACAAUCUUGCUGAGAAGACCCAGUGCUCUUUGGACAUAAACAUCGGGGUGACAGACAAGUUUAUUCAGGACCGAAAGCACGAGCGGCAGCGGCGGCUGGAGGAGCUGAAAGAGAUUCGAGGGAUGAGGAACACAAACAUUCUUCCACAAAGGGACUCGUUCAUAAACUGGGCAAUCCCGCCAAGGGCGCAGAAAAACGAAAAGUGCAGCGACAUAAUCUCGCGGAUAAACCAGAUCAUAGAGAAAAGCGAAAAGUCAGAGGUGCACCACCCUGCGAAUGAAGUGGCUGCAGAGCGGGUGAAAAAGCUGGAGACAUACGAGGCAAACUUCAACAGCCAGAUCCUCACGCUUUUAAACGAGCUGUCCAGCACCCUUGCAAAAAAGCCCUCGGCCAUUCCAAUAUCAUGCUUACAGGCGGAGCCUGCGCCCGAGUACAAAAAGGAGCCAGAAAAAGAAGCGCUGCCGGUGCAGCAGCCCAGUGCCGCAUGGAAAAAUGCGCUAAGGCACGGGGGAAUUGGCGCGCUGACAGGCAUUUUUGCAGGAAUGGUGCUUAUGUAUAAGAUGUGCGAAAACCCCAUGCCAUACUGA